CGGUCACCAUGCGCUCCUUGCUUUGCCACCGCGCGGCUUGCCGCGCAGCGCUUGUGCCGCGGCGAUGGCCCAGCUGCAACGGCCUGCAGGGCCGGGUGCCGGUCUUGCAACAGCGAAGCCACGGUGGCCACGGCCACGGCGAUGGUCACGGGCAUAGCCAUGACAGCAUGGACCAUCCAGGUCACUUUGCUGAGCGAGAGCAUCCGCUCUGGGCACGGCGAGACUGGCAGGAGCGAGCCUUUACCGUGGGAAUUGGAGGGCCCGUGGGAUCUGGAAAGACCGCCCUGACCCUGAAGCUUUGCAAAGCUCUGCGGGAGAAGUACUCCGUGGCGGUGGUGACCAAUGAUAUCUUCACGCGCGAAGAUGCGGAGUUUCUAAAUCGCAACGGCGCGCUUGAGAGCGAUCGCAUCAAGGCGGUGGAGACGGGGGGCUGUCCGCAUGCCGCCAUCCGAGAGGAUAUCAGUUCCAACUUGGCCGCCUGUGAAGCUCUAACUGAGCAGCAUGACGGCGUUCAGCUUAUCAUUUGCGAGAGCGGUGGCGAUAACCUCGCUGCCAACUUCUCGAGGGAGCUGGCGGACUACACCAUCUACGUCAUCGAUGUGGCCGGAGGUGACAAGGUCCCCCGCAAAGGUGGCCCUGGUAUCACGCAGUCGGAUCUGUUGAUCAUCAACAAGGUGGACCUGGCUCCGGCUGUCGGGGCCGAUUUGGAUGUCAUGGAUCGGGACGCGAAGAAGAUGAGAGGUACAGGGCCCACAAUCUUCGCGGCGGUGAAGCACGACCAGGGCGUGCGCGAGAUCGCCGGGCACAUCCUCUCCGCGUGGGAGCUGGCCACGGGAGGAGCUGCUUCUGGCAACGCCGCUUGAGCGUCCAGGUGUGAAAAGACAAGGAGCUGGCCACGGGAGGAGCUGCUUCUGGCACCGCCGCUUGAGCGUCCAGAUGUGAAAAGACAAGGAUUUGCUCCCCAUUGGCAUGUGUUGGUUUCCACGUCGGUAACGGUAUGGAAGAGGUGCGGCCCCGAGAACCUUGCGUUUUGCAUGGCCGUCAAAA